UCGUUGGUCCGACGUAACCCAAAUAUUUGACACCGUUUUCUAUCCCAAGUUCAGUGAUAAAAAUUUAAAUAAAAUCCGUGGAAAGGUGGGCGUCAACGAUAUGCAGGUCGUCGUAUUUUUAAGUGUCAUCUGCGUGGGUUUAGUGGCCGGGUUGCAUGUGCAAGCGGGGCCUCAAAUGACAGACGCGCAAUUAGAUCAGACCCUGGCUGAUAAGAACACGAUGCAGCGACACAUCAAAUGUGCACUCGGAGAGGGGCCUUGUGAUCCCGUUGGCAGACGACUUCGAACUCUAGCCCCGUUGGUUCUUCGAGGAGCAUGCCCGCAGUGCUCUAUGCAAGAAACGCGCCAAAUUCGACGCACCCUUGCCUUCGUACAAAGAAACUAUCCGUGGGAAUGGGCGAAAAUCACCAGAUACGCUGUCGUGUUGUGUUGCGUGGUAGCCGCCUGCGUUGCGCAAACGCAGCGACCGCCCGUCUCAGACAGCGCGCUAGAAGAUGCACUACAAGACAAACGGUUCAUUCAGAGACAGCUGAAGUGCGCUCUCGGAGAAGCCCCCUGUGAUCCCAUCGGAAAGAGAUUGAAGACACUCGCGCCACUGGUGCUUCGUGGGGCCUGUCCUCAGUGCACGCCACAAGAAACCAAGCAAAUACAGCGCACUCUAUCGUACGUGCAACGAAACUUCCCUCAGCAGUGGGCCAAGAUAGUCCGCCAAUACGCAGGAUAAAUACAAAAACAUAAAAUGUAAAGGACAUGAUCGGAUGAAAUCAUUAAAAUUGUGAUUUUAAUUGUGAUUUGUGCAUGGUUAUGUUUUUAAUGUUGUAAAUUUUAAUAAAAUCGUACGGCAAAAUUCAUGACACAAAUCACGAAAUAUUAGUCCAAAAAAUAUUAAUGCUCUUAUUUAUAAAUUAAUAAAUCCGUAGAUCAAUAUGAAGAUUGUUGUAUUUAAUAAAUAAUUAUGUACUUAACAUUUAAAAAUCUUUAACAGCACAAUCUAGUUUUAAGUAUUUUUAACUGGUUUCAUCAAUUAUAUAGCGUAUUUUACUAUGUAUAUUUUUAAGUAACAUGGGCAGGGUAUGUCGGUACUAAAGCAGUACUUGCCUUUAACGCAAUAAAGUUAGAUCCACCUAAAUUAUAAUUUUGUAAUUAAAUUAUAUUUCUCAAUAAAGAACAUAAAAAAAGAAAA